CAAAGAUGUCCAGAAAGCUAAGUUUGCCAACUGAGUUAAAGCCUGAUCUAGAUGUCAAAGACAACUCUUUCAGUCGAUCCCGGAGUUCUAGCGUAACUAGCAUUGAUAAAGAGUCACGCGAGGCAAUUUCAGCUCUUCAUUUUUGUGAGACUUUCACGAGAAAGGCCGAUACAUCACCUUCCCCAUGCCUGUGGGUUGGGACCACACUGGGUACAGUGCUUGUCAUUGUAUUGAACUUACCCCCAGGAGGAGAGCAAAGACUUCUUCAGCCAGUAAUUGUUUCUCCUAGUGGAACCAUCCUGAGGCUAAAAGGGGCAAUCCUGAGAAUGGCUUUUCUGGAUACCACAGGAUCUUUGGUCCCACCGGCACAUGAGCCCUGGAGAGAACACAAUGUUCCUGAAGAUAAAGAUGAAAAAGAUAAAUCGAAAAAGCGACGACCUGUCUCAGUGUCCCCCUCUUCCUCUCAGGAAAUCAGUGAAAACCAAUAUGCAGUGAUAUGUUCAGAAAAGCAAGCAAAAGUUAUCUCACUGCCAUCCCAGAACUGUAUUUAUAAGCAAAACAUAACAGAGACUUCUUUUGUUCUUCGUGGAGAUAUAGUGUCAUUGAGUAACAGUAUCUGCCUUGCAUGUUUCUGUGCCAAUGGACAUAUUAUGACUUUUAGUUUGCCAAGUUUAAGGCCAUUGUUGGAUGUGUAUUACCUGCCACUCACCAAUAUGCGGAUAGCCAGAACAUUCUGCUUCACCAAUAAUGGACAAGCACUCUAUCUUGUUUCACCAACGGAAAUACAGAGGCUCACCUACAGUCAAGAAACAUGUGAAAAUCUUCAGGAAAUGUUGGGUGAGCUCUUCACUCCUGUAGAAACACCAGAAGCACCAAACAGGGGGUUCUUUAAAGGUCUGUUCGGAGGUGGGGCACAGUCACUUGACAGAGAAGAACUCUUUGGAGAAUCAGCAUCUGGGAAGGCAUCAAGAAGUCUUGCCCAGCAUAUUCCAGGGCCUGGGGGUAUUGAAGGUGUCAAAGGAGCAGCAUCUGGUGUAGUUGGUGAACUAGCACGAGCCCGGUUGGCACUAGAUGAAAGAGGACAGAAACUAGGAGAACUGGAAGAAAAAACUGCAGCUAUGCUUUACAGUGCUGAUUCUUUCUCUAAACAUGCUCACGAGAUGAUGUUGAAGUACAAAGACAAGAAGUGGUACCAAUUCUGAUGAUGCUCAUCAAUUACAUCUGUUUAAUUUUGUCCUGAUGAAAAAAAAGUCUUGAUUUUUCCUUAAUUUUGGCAGGACCAUUGAAAUCUAAAAGAGUAUUCACCAUUGGAUACUGUUGUUUCCUAGCACAAAUAACACACUGUUUUACCUCAGUCAUGGCUUUAACUGAGGAGCUUUAUAUUUAAAAGAAACACAAAAAAAGGAAACUUGAGUGUUUCUUAGCUGUUGGUUAGUUGAGAGUUGGAACAGAGAAGGUAACGAGAACAUGUG